AUGUCUUCCUCUUCCAACAAAGACAUGAUUAGACUUCUUGCUAUGUUACAUAUCUCAUUUGAAGAGAUAGAAAAGGCCACCAACCACUUUGCUCAUGAAAAUCUCCUCAAACAAGGCGAGUUUUUUAAGGUUUACAAAGGAAAACUCUUCCAAUCAAGGGACUCGAUCAAUAUUGUUGCACGGAAAUGUCCGGAUAGAAGCCUUGUGCAUAACGAGCUGGCAAUUUCUGAAAAUCUCAAGCACGAACACAUCGUCUCUGCAUUUAGGUCUACCAUCUGUAAAAACGAGGAUAUCAUCAUAAACAAGUAUGAGGCCAAUGGAAGUCUCGACAAGCAUCUGAGUGACCAAACCCUCACUUGGAUGCAAAGAUUGCAUAUAUGUGUUCGCGUUGCGCAUGCAUUGAAAUACCUUCAUCAUGAUGCAGAAGACGAUCAUAAUAUUAUACAUGGUAAUAUUAAGAGCUCAAAAAUUUUACUAGAUGACAAGUGGGAACCCAAGUUACAUGGUUUUGCAUUUGCUGGUAGAUCUAUUAAGGAUCAACUUCACCGUACCAAUAAGACAUCCAAGUCACUACAGUAUAUGGACCCAACAUAUGAAAGCAUCGGAGGUUUGACUUAUAAGUCAGACGUCUUCUCAUUUGGUGUUUUAUUGUAUGAGGUCUUGCUUGGGAGAGAAGCAUCCAUUGAAAACAAUGAUAAUUGGUAUUUUGCUCGAUGGGUUAGAUCACAUUAUGAAGAGAAAGAAAUAGACGAUUUGAUCUAUCCCUAUAUACGGAACCAAAUGAGCUUGCAUUCAUUGAACAUCUUUUGUGAAACAGCGUAUUGUUGCUUAAAGGAGCAACGAUCAGAACGCCCAGAUAUGAGCCAAGUUCUCUCAAGACUUGAGGAAGCGUUAAAAGUUCAACAGAAAUAUGAACGCUUGAACGCUGCAAUGGAAGGUUCAUCAUCCAACCACUUGAAGGGGGGUAACUUUGAUCAUUUGAGAUUUCGAUUGAGUGAAAUACUGUCGGCAACCAAUAAUUUUUCUGACACAUUCUACAUUGGGUCUGGGGGCUAUGGUAGGGUGUACAAAGCAGAACUGCAUCAUUUUGAUGGCAUAAAUCCUUUGGUGGUAGAAGGGAAGAAUACAGGUGAAAUACAUAAGAGACAUACUACUGUAGCUAUUAAACGCAUCAUUACCAGAGUAGACACACAAGCAGAACAAGGGUUCUUUACCGAAAUUGAAUUGCUUAGUAAAUGUCGGCAUUCAAAUGUAGUUUCUCUUCUAGGCUUUUGUGAUGAAAGAUCUGAGAUGAUUCUUGUUUACGAAUAUGUGUCUAACGGAAGCCUUGAAAAUUUUUUGGAAAAGAAAGAUAGAAGGAUAAAUUUUACUUGGGCUGAACGCAUACAAAUGUGUCUUGAUAUUGCUAAUGGACUGAAUUAUCUUCACACGAGUACAGAGGAUAAACGAUGCAUAAUACAUAGAGAUAUAAAGAGUGCAAACAUUUUAUUGAAUAAUAAAUGGGAGGCAAAGAUCGCUGAUUUUGGACUCUCCAAGUUACAUUAUGCACGUGAAAAAUAUAGCACUCUCGCCACUAACAAUAUCGCUGGAACACAAGUGUACUUGGAUCCAGAAUAUGAAAAAACAGGUAGGUUAAAAACUAAAUCAGAUGUUUACUCAUUUGGAGUGGUUAUGUUUGAAAUCAUGUGUGGAAAGUUAGCAUACGAUAAAACUUACGACGAGAAGGGGCUUCCAUCAUUAGCACGACAAUGCUUCGUUGAGCGAACAUUAAAGAAUUUGGUAGAUCCCAAUAUAGAGAAAGUUGAUAUGCUAUUCAGUGGAUUUGAUCAAGAAUCUUUUGACAUGUUCACUAAUGUCGCAUAUAAAUGUAUUGCAAUAGCACAAUCUGAGCGUCCAACCAUGGAAUUCGUCAUUAGAGAACUUCAGAAAGCAUUGAACAUUCAAAAAAACAAAGGCCGCCUCCAUAUAUCGCUUAAUGCCAUGAACAUGGGCACGCAGAACUUCAGCGAUAGCAGUUGCCUUGGAGAAGGAAGAUUUUGGAAACUUUAUAAAGGGGAAGUUGAACAUGCUAAUGGAUAUAGCGCUAUUAUUGCAAAGCGGUGGGAUAGCCAUUCCCGGAAAGGAGAUGAUCAGUUUUGGAAAGAACUCGCUAUUCUUUUCAAGCAUAAGCAUGAGAAUAUCAUUCAUCUUAUAGGAUUUUGUUACGAAAAGAAUGAAAAGAUCAUUGUAUACGAGCAUGCCUCUAAUGGAAGACUUGAUAAACAUUUUGACGAUGUUAAUCUUAGAUGGAUGAAACGCCUCGAGAUAUGUUUUGAUGUUGCAAACGGAUUGAAAUUUCUUCAUACGGGUGGUGCAGAGAAAGAUGAUAAGAUAAUACAUGGAGACAUUAAAAGUGGUAGCAUUCUCCUUGAUGAUGAUUGGAAUGCUAAAAUUUGUAAUUUGGAGUGCUCAUGCAAAACAAUGGUAUAUGACCGAGCUGAACAUAUCGAUGACAGUGCUUAUGACUCAUUGGGACAUGUUGACCCAAAGUACAAAUCUACUUGGUACUUAACAGAAAAAUCAGAUAUAUACUCAUUAGGCGUGAUUUUGUUGGAGAUGUUGUGCGGGAAAUUGGCGUGGGAAGAGGGAUGUGAGGAUCACUCUCAAUCGUUAGUCCCUUUGGCUAAAAAGCAUUACGAAACGAAUAGAAACCUUAAUGAGAUGAUAUUUACGGGUAUAAAGGAACAAAUUGAGCCACUAUCAUUAACGACAUUUGUAAGAAUUGUCUUUCAAUGCUUAGAGGAUGAAUGGGAUGAGCGGCCAGAAGCUAGUGAAGUGGUAAUUCAACUUAAGGAGGCUUUGGGAUUCCAGGUAAGUUAUCAUUCUUUCAUCGAGUUACUUUUCUGCCUUCAAUGCAUUUGUACUUUGUAUCGACAAAAACCUGAUUCAUAUUCUUACUAA